AGAAUCCGCCAGCUCCUGUCUCCUCCGCAUAAAUUCGGGGGAAAAAAAGCGGAACUUUUUCUCUUUUUAGUCAUCAAUCACAUUUGUAAUGUGAUGUUUCUUAUUUGUGUCAUCAUCUAUCAUCAUCAAAUGAUAUUCGAUUAAAUGUCUCAAUUUUUUCUGGAGAGACGCACAACAUAAGAAGCGCUUGAGCCAAAAAUGCAGUGCAGGGGCGAGGCGAGGCAGAAUUUGAAUUAGGAGAGGGGAGUGGACUUUAACAGAAUCGACAAAUUGGAAACUAUUUGGAGGUUGUUGCAGAAGUUUAACGCGAUACUCGAAGAGUUGCACGGGAAGAAAGCAUCAUGUCUGUCUCGCAGCUUCUCUUGCUACUACUUGCGCUUCCCUUGGCAACUUGUUUGAUGUGUUAUACAUGUGUAUUUCCUGCCAUUUCUCCUCUGGAUUGCCUAAAGUUUCCCGGGCCUUGCAGGGAUGGCCAUCGCUGCCUGUCCAGCGUUGCAACGGCAAAACGAGGUGCACUUGAAAUAACGUUCUAUGAGAAAAGCUGCGCCGAUCCUUCCCAGUGUGGUGUGCACGGGCAGAAAUACAGCAGUGGCCUUUAUUUCAACUACACCAACGUGUGCUGCAAUACAGACCUGUGUAACGGGGCGUCAGUACUCGGUUCCACCAAGUGGGGAGGUGCCGCAAUCUGCCUGCUACCUGCGCUCAAACUUCUGCAGGCCUGAAAACUCCGACGCUGCUUACGUUGUGGUAUGCUCAUGACUGGAAAAGAAAAAGGAUAGCCUACAUUACAUUCAUAGUCCAGUAGGUCUUAAAUUCGGGACUAUGAAUAGGGAAAAAGCAGAAAAGAUUUUUCCAGUUCUCAUCUCCAUGAACAUGCAAAAAAUUAAUCCAACAGCAUGCAGAGAGUCAGACACUACUUAUUUCUGAAGAAAACUUUAUUGGGCUUAUUUUUAAAGAAAUGCACAAAUGAAAUGUGGCCUUGGAAAUACAAAAGUCAACUUGGAAUGUCAGCUAAUUAUCUAACACACAAAAAAAGUCAACAAAAGUAAUACUAAAAAUAGCAAGGAGCUAAAUAGGUGUCAUCAAAAUAACAUGCAAUAUAUUAAGAAACAAAGAGUUAAGUCAAAUAUUGAUGAGUUAGGUCCCUGAAAUGUCAUUUUUCUCUACAGUACAUUAAGAAAUCUAAAAUGACAUCCUGAAAAUAUUAUAAGACACUGUCCCUUUAAUUGAUUCAUGUCGGAAACAGUUCAGUCAACUAAAACAAACCCAAAAAUCUUUUCACUUUGGGAAGGUGGACCUCUCCAAUUUAAGUUGUGAAGCAAAACAGGCAAAUAUGUCAAAAACAGCGUAGAAAAAAAAAAGAGUUCUGAUUCUUAAAUUGCACUUGUGUGGUUUGAAGUCACUUUUCAGAUGAUUUAAAAUGUUCCUUUCCAUCAGUGGGCUUGACAGACAGCAUUGUUCACGAGCUAUUUUCUGUAAGUGCACAUUUCUUCAAGCUUAUCAUCUUCCUUCCAAGCAGUCGGAAACUACCCGCUAUUUUUAUAGUUGCGACAUUGCCAACUCAUGUGACACAAAAUAUUUCAGGACAUUGCUAACUGGUAAACUCAAUUCACACAAAGAAGUUUUUAGGGCACAUUAAAAAUGAACAAGAUUUGAAGAAAAAUGAUUUCAUAUUUAUAGCCUACUCUGCUAAAAUGAGAAAUUUUUAAUUAGUUCCUGAUUAAAACAACCACAAUGCAGCAGCCAUCGUUGCGUUGUACCGACACCGUGAAAGAAGGCUGGUGUCGGUACUGGCCCAUCCCGAGUGUGAACCGUUCAAUGCGAUUGCCAAAUACUUUGGUUCAUGCUGGUGUGCAUAUAUUUUACGAAAUAAAAGAUUGACACUUAAGCUGAA